AAUAGAGGAGCGGGGCGCGAGUGGCGCGCGUGACGCCACUGCGUGAAAAUCUGGAAGAAGGGAGGCGAGGCUCGGACUUAGUGACCCGCCAUGUUUUUCACCAAGUGGGGUGUGUAGAGAAGGCCGGGGUGAAAAUCAUCUCUCGGGGCAUGCAGAGUCAAAAUGGGAAGGAGACAGUACUUCUCAUUUCGCAUUGAGGUCUGUCAUCCUUGCGACGACAAAACAUCCACCACAUGCUUACUCCAUAGAAGGGCCAGGAACUAAGCAACAGUAACCAAAUUAUACGACAAAUAAGUUGCAACAAGCCUAAGUUAAAAGAAAAUUAGCAAUACUAAAACAUUUCUAUAAGGACAAGCUCACAUUAAAGAAAUAAUUUGGUGGUGGAACUUAAUACAGCCAAGAAACAGAAGGACAGACAACAAACACUACUUUACAAAGACGUAAUGAUAUCAGAAUAAAAGAGAGAGAAUGAUCGCCCCGGGAGCAUUCAAGCUCUGGAGAAUUUGUGGGUCCAGGAGGAGAUUCCCCUGUUUGGAGGAAUGAGGAAUCCGGCGUUGCACCUGGUCGGGAUAGCGGCGUCCCCUGGCGGUGGAGGGGUAUUCGGCACCAGGGCCGAGGAGGAGUUGCGCCAGUGGUUGGAGCAGCGCCUGGAUGCGUUGGGCAUAGACCCAGUCGCGUACUCGCGCUUCGUACUCAGCCUUUUGCGUCACCCCGACUCGGCCCUCACUCCUCCGCUCGAGGGCACUGGUAGGAAUGGAGGAGGUGGACGUCGUUCGAAAACCAAGUCCCGGUCAAAACUGCCACUUCAGGGUGAUAGGGAGCAACGCCGAGCUGUCGUACAAUGCCUUACAAGUGCUGCUGAUCAAAAGUGCGGAGUAGAGACGUUAGUCGACGAAUUAUGCGCCAAAUUACGAGAUCUAGAAGGUGGUGAUUCAAAGGAUGAACAAGAAGAACUUAGAACUGCCACUGAUGCCGAGGCAAAGGUUCCUUUCGAGACGCUCACUCCUCGCGAUCGGGCCCUGAGAUACUAUGCGGCAUUUCCGGCCCUGCAGCCUACCACCCCAAAAAAGUUUCCAUACCGGAAAGAACGCAACUUAAGCAGCAACAGCAACAACAAUAAUAAUAACAACAACAACAACAACAACAACAACAACAACAAUAAUAAAAAGAACAACGGCAUCAGCAACAGUAACAGUAAAAACAAUAAUAACAGGACUCGGCAGAAGAAAAAUAAGAUAACCAUUCAAGCCACUGAAUCACAAAUGGCAGAAGCAAAGGAAGUUUACGGUUUUGCCAAAUCAAUGGAGCGAGAGAGAGAAAAGGAACAAGAGCUCGCAUUGGAUCAGUUACGAUUGGCGCAGUUACAAGCGAAAUUUGAUCAAAGCCUCGAGGCGUUAUGGGAUACUGGUUCAGGGAUUUCUCAGGGCACUGAUUCCAUAUGGGCAGCUCCGUCUCUUUCAAUUCCAUCGGGACCGUUGUGGCCAAUGGAUAAUAUUGAUGCAACUUUUUCUGUAAUUAAAGAUGACAAAAGUACAGAGGAAACUCCAAUUUAUCGAGAAUCGCAUAUUAACGAUUCGCCGCUUAUCCCAUGGGACGUUGAUUUGUUUAGUAUCGAAGAUUAUGCUGAUGAAUCGAGAAUUAAAGACAAGACACCAGAUGGCAAUGUGUCAUGGUCAGACUCAGCUGGUGAUGGUCUUUGGUGCUGGGGUGGUAUUGGCAAUAUUGCAACGCUGGGUCACAGUCCUCGUACAGGCAGCUGCUUCUUCCCGGUUGUCCCAUGUAAGAGUCCUGUUACCAUUGGUAAAGAAUCCUGUUUGCAACAAAAGGUAACUUGUGUACCAGAACCUGAUGAAGAUCUGCUGACUUCUGCUCGUACUCAUUUUCGUCCAAUCAAAGAGGAUGGACAUUGGGCUGACGGAACUACAUUUCCAGUAAACAAUACUCUUGAACGAGUUGCAUAUCGCAGGUCUGAAUCAGGAAACUUAUUUUAUCUUCCUGAUGGGGAAAGUCCAUAUAUGGAAUAUCGGGAGAGUAAAAACACAUCGGUUACUGUACCUUCAAAACUCACUUUGAAAUUUAGGGUACGGCAAUGCGAUAAAAGUAUACAAACAGAGCCUCUUCGAUCUCCAGUCAAACGUAGAAUUCUGUCCGAGAAAGAUCGUUUGUACUUUUCAUCAAAUGCUGUUGAGGAAUCUAAUAUAAAUGAUAACGAUGAAAUGGAAAAGGAUUCCUUUAAUCUGGAACAGGUGGGCUGGGAUCAACCCAUGAUGCUCUUACGAAAUGAAAGGAAAAGAAGGCACAGUAGCAGCUUCAAGUCUCGACCGCUCACGGUGUUACGUCCACUGACAUUGUGAAGUCUCUAUAUAUAUAUAUAUAUAUAUAUAUAUAUAUAUAUACAUAUAC